CGCACACUCGCACACCUCGUGACUGACUGAUUGGAUCGAUCGCGUUUUACUAGCUUUCCUGCCGCCGCGACUUUUACGGUCGCAGUUUCCAGGAGAGAAGAGCGAAUGAAGUGUCACUACGCGUCACGGCUGAUGCUCGUGGAAUAAAAUUCAUUUUAUCGUUUCCGCGGCGCGUUACUUCUAACUACAAAAAUGGGCUCACUCUUUCGCAGCGAGGAGAUGACUUUGUGUCAGCUGUUUCUUCAAAGUGAGGCCGCGUAUGCUUGUGUCUCCGAGCUUGGUGAACUCGGCCUAGUGCAGUUUCGCGACUUAAAUCCUGACGUCAAUGCCUUUCAACGAAAGUUCGUCAAUGAAGUACGCCGUUGCGACGAAAUGGAGCGCAAACUACGCUACCUGGAGAAGGAGAUCAAGAAGGAUGGUAUACCGAUGCUGGACACCGGCGAGAAUCCGGAGGCGCCACAGCCUCGCGAAAUGAUCGAUCUAGAGGCGACCUUCGAGAAGUUGGAGAACGAGCUGCGAGAGGUGAAUCAGAAUGCUGAAGCGCUUAAACGCAACUUCCUCGAAUUGACUGAGCUCAAGCACAUCCUGAGAAAAACUCAGGUCUUCUUCGAUGAGGCUGAGCAUGGAGGUGUCGUGUCGCAGAUGGCAGACCCCAGCCGUGAAGAAGAACAAGUCACUCUGUUGGGCGAAGAGGGCCUCCGCGCCGGCGGCCAGGCUCUCAAGCUCGGCUUUGUCGCGGGAGUUAUUCUGAGGGAACGCAUCCCCGCGUUCGAGCGCAUGCUGUGGCGCGCGUGCCGUGGAAAUGUCUUUCUGCGCCAAGCUGAAAUUGAGACCCCUUUGGAGGAUCCUUCGACGGGAGAUCAGGUGUACAAGUCCGUCUUCAUUAUUUUCUUCCAAGGCGAUCAGUUGAAGACUCGCGUAAAGAAGAUCUGCGAAGGUUUCAGGGCGACAUUGUAUCCCUGUCCGGAGGCGCCAGCUGAUCGUAGGGAAAUGGCUAUGGGCGUUAUGACUCGCAUUGAAGAUUUGAACACUGUCUUAGGACAGACGCAGGACCAUCGUCAUCGUGUCCUUGUGGCUGCUGCAAAGAACAUCAAGAACUGGUUUAUCAAGGUCCGCAAGAUUAAGGCGAUCUAUCAUACUCUGAAUCUUUUCAAUUUGGAUGUCACUCAGAAGUGCCUGAUCGCUGAAUGCUGGGUGCCUGUUCUGGAUAUCGAGACCAUUCAACUGGCGUUGAGACGCGGAACGGAGCGCAGCGGAAGUUCCGUUCCUCCCAUUCUGAACCGUAUGGAAACUUUCGAGGAUCCGCCGACAUACAAUCGAACGAACAAGUUCACAAAAGGGUUUCAGGUGUUAAUUGACGCUUAUGGAGUCGCGUCUUACCGCGAGAUGAAUCCCGCGCCCUACACCAUCAUCACAUUCCCGUUUCUGUUCGCGAUAAUGUUUGGUGACACUGGCCACGGUCUCAUUAUGUUCCUGUUUGGGGGUUGGAUGGUGCUUAAGGAGAAACCACUGGCGGCUAAAAAGAGCGACAACGAGAUCUGGAAUAUUUUCUUCGGCGGCCGUUACAUCAUCUUUCUCAUGGGCAUCUUUUCUAUGUACACCGGUCUAAUUUACAAUGACGUAUUUUCCAAAUCGCUCAACAUCUUCGGAUCCAACUGGAUGGUGAACUACAAUAAAAGUACCAUCCGGCACAACAGAGAGCUGCAAUUGGAUCCGAAUUCGACCGCUUAUUUUGACUAUCCGUAUCCGUUCGGCAUGGACCCGGUAUGGCAAUUGGCGGAAAAUAAGAUCAUCUUCCAGAAUUCGUUUAAAAUGAAGAUUUCUAUUAUCUUUGGCGUGCUGCAUAUGCUGUUCGGCGUGGUGGUAGGAUUGUGGAACCACAUGUACUUCAAGAGACGCAUGAACAUCACCUGUGAGUUCGUGCCGCAAAUAAUCUUCCUCACGGCGCUAUUCUUCUAUAUGGUGUUGCUCAUGAUUAUCAAAUGGGUAAAAUACGGCCCGAAAAAUGAUCCGCUUGUGGGCCCCGGUUGCGCACCCUCAGUUCUUAUCACUUUCAUUAAUAUGGUUCUCUUCAAGCCCGCCGCUAAGGUCGGCAAUUGCGAUCCUUAUAUGUAUGGCGGUCAGAGCGGCUUACAAAAGUUCCUGGUGGUCGUAGCUCUGCUCUGCGUGCCGUGGAUGCUGCUAGGGAAGCCGGUCAUGAUGCUACGUAAUCGUAGAAAACAGCACUAUCAGCUCAACAAUCACGGUGCCGAAAACGGUGAUGUGGAAGCUAGUAUGGGGACUCUUCAGCAGAGUGGAGGCGUCACUCAGAGUGGGGGUGGCGGUCCCGGUCACAAGGAGGAGGAGGAAGACAUGACGGAGGUGUUUAUCCAUCAAGGUAUUCACACCAUCGAGUACGUUCUCGGCAGCGUGUCGCACACCGCGUCUUACUUGCGUCUCUGGGCCUUGUCUCUGGCCCAUGCCCAGCUGUCCGAAGUGCUCUGGAACAUGGUGAUGAGAAAUGGUCUGGCAAGGGAAGGUUGGGACGGCGGAAUCGUCCUCUACGCCAUCUUUGCCUUUUGGGCGGUGCUCACUGUAGGCAUCCUUGUACUCAUGGAAGGCCUUUCGGCAUUUUUGCACACGCUUCGUUUGCAUUGGGUGGAAUUUCAAAGUAAAUUCUAUGCUGGUUUAGGUUACAGCUUCCAGCCGUUCUCCUUUGAGAUCAUCCUCGAUGCUGCACAGGCCACCACCGAGGAUUAAAAUAAUUAAUUAAUAACUGACCUUGAUUAUUAUUAGUAUGAGCGCAAGAAUAUCGUGAAUUCAUAGCUCUUCAUUGAAACAAGUCAGUUAUGAAUAGUUAAUGAACGAGCUAUUUCCCUUACGAAUAAAAAUAUGUAUGUAGAGUGUCGAUUACAAUAAUCGAUCCAAGUAUGGAAAUUAUUUCAUUUCUAUCUUCUGUAGUCUUUUAAUUGUAAACAAAACUUUGAUCAUAUAAGAUCAAACAAGAUUUCUAACCCACAUAAGAUCAUGACAAAAAAAUAUUCUCGUGAUAUUAUGAGUUUCUUCCUUGAUUAGAUUACAAUUUAUUGAAGAUCUAAAAUAUUUUUUCCCUGAAAAGUUGACUUAUAUCUUUCGUCCGCCCCUGUCUUCUAAUAUUAGAAGUCUCCUGCAAUUUUAAGAACUCUUAUGCGAGCAGUGUGGAAUUCUCCAUACACAUGAUACAUCCUGUAGAUCUGAAAACAAAUGUACAUCACGUCUCGGUGAUCGAUUAAUGUUAUUCCAUAUAUCUGUACGUAAUAAAAAAUGUGUGGCAUAUUAAAUAAUGUUUAAUGAAAA